AAACCUUAUCCUCAUCUCUCUCAUCCUCGUCAAAUUCGCUGGAUCCAAUUUUGUUUUUGUUUAACGAAGUCGCUGUUCAAAUCUCUGAUUUGAGCUUCUCCAUGAAUGAAUCGUAUCCAUCAGACUACGAUCACGAAGAAUUCUGGUGGCAUUGGUAACUGGUAAGAGCAUCGAUGGCUUCGAGAAGAACUCCGAUGGAAUUGGAGAGUGGUUUGAGGCAACUCCGAUGGAAUUGGAGAAGAUGAGAGAACCAAUUGUUCAUGAUAAAAGAUAACCGAUGAAGGAUCUCGACGUGAACCCAUUACUCAGUCCGGUAACAACGCAAGAUCGAUGUGUCUCCUCACCUACAAAGUCUGAUUUAAGCAAAGACGAAGGUGAGAAGAACGACGAAGAAGACAACACGAAAGUGAUCAUGAAAAUAGAAGGAUUUAACGAGGGCACAUAAGGUGUUUGGUAAAUUGCCAAGGACAAAAGCUUAUUGUUAUAUGCAAAUUGUUGUUGGCUAAUGGAUGAGGGAAGAGAAUUUUGCAUGACUCAAAACUUUCUUAAUAGCUUAAGUGAUUGUUUUUCCAUUUGUUUAAUUAUCAAAACUCAUAAUUUUUUAACACCAGCAGCAGGAACGAAGAAGAGAAACUUCGUAACCCUUCGUAGCUUCAAUCAAAAAGUCUUCUUUUAUAAAAGAUGUCUGAAAACACCAAAGUCGAAGCAAAGAGAGUGUUCAUAGGAGCAGAAUGCAACAGAGUCGUCAAUAACGUCUCUUGGGGAGCUUCUGGUCUCGUCUCUUUCGGUGCCCAAAACGUUUUUGCUGUUUUCAGCCCAAAGACUGCCCAGAUUAUUACUACGCUUCCAGGUCAUAAAGCUUAUGUGAAUUGCACUCAUUGGUUGCCCAGUGCCAAGUUUGCUUUCAAAGGGUGGAAUUGACGAAGUUGAGGAUCUAAGAGCUGCAGUCAUGGGAGAGCUUGAAGAAGGACUGGAGCUUAGAUUAUAAUACUCGCAUCCAUGUUUGUUAAAGCGAGACCAAGUCUUUGUGUGUGUGUGUUGAUCAUGAAAUAUUAACUAAUGGAACGUAACUACUUGUUGUAUCAUAAAAAAAAUGUUGAAAGUUUUUAAUUGAUUUUACAAGAUGUUGUUUAGUGAUAACGAGAAGCAUAUAUAACAAUUUCAUGUAAAGUUUUUUAAGUACUUCUUAAAGCCAUGUAA